CACCAGUGCUAUUCAAGUCGCCUAGUCCCGCCGGGUCCCAAAACCACUUAACGCGUCUCUGAACGCGACCGUGUUUUCCUCGCGUCCAGCAACCCUUUCGUCGGCGGAACAAAGAUAUCUAUCUCUCUCGACUUUUUUAUGCCACUCCGCAGAAGUCUCAACGACGGAUCAUCGCAAACGUCAGAUCUGCGGCUACGAUGGACAGACGUACACCAUACACAUUGAGCGUCCUUGCGCCCAGCCAGGACGGCAGCGAUGAAUCUCGCACCCAGAUCCAAGCCCGCCUGCGCGAAUUUAUCCUCGCCUUCCAGUUGGAUAAUGCCUUUAUCUACAGAGAUCAACUCCGACAGAACGUCCUAGUGAAGCAGUACUACUGUGACAUCGACAUCGCACACUUGAUUUCUUACAAUGAGGAAUUGGCGCACAAGCUCACGACGGAACCGGCAGACAUUAUUCCUCUGUUCGAAGCUGCGCUUCAGGAAUGCACUCAGAGAAUCGUCUAUCCUUCAGAGCGAGAUGUGGUAGUGCCACCCCACCAGCUGCUCAUCCAUUCCAGCGUGACACACAUCUCGAUUCGUGAUCUGAACGCAACAAAUAUCUCGCACCUCGUCCGUAUUCCUGGAAUAGUCAUUGGUGCAUCCACGCUGUCCUCAAAAGCGACGCUCGUCCACAUUGAGUGUAAAAGCUGCUCGCACACCGAAAACAUUGCGGUUGAAGGUGGUUUCUCUGGUCUUACGCUACCCAGACAGUGUGGACGCCCUAAGCAACCCGGUGAUCAGCCUGGCCAGGCGUGUCCACUCGAUCCAUACGUAGUGGUACACGAGAAAUCUCAGUUCAUCGACCAACAGGUCCUCAAGCUCCAAGAAGCCCCCGACCAGGUGCCUGUCGGUGAGUUGCCGCGUCACAUCUUGGUCUCUGCAGACCGUUACCUCGCCAACCGAGUUGUUCCCGGAUCACGAUGUACUGUGAUGGGUGUCUUCUCGAUCUACCAGGCCAAGGGCGGCAGGUCGAAUGCUGCUGUCGCUAUUCGAAACCCGUAUGUGCGUGCCGUGGGUAUCAGCAGCGACGUGGAUCACACCGCCAAAGGCAACGCCGUUUUCACAGAAGAGGAGGAACAGGAGUUCUUGGAGAUGAGCCGCCGGCCGGACCUCUACGAAACUUUCGCCAAGAGUAUCGCCCCCUCCAUCUACGGAAAUCUGGACAUCAAGAAGGCCAUCGCAUGUCUGCUCAUGGGUGGAUCGAAGAAGAUUCUGCCUGAUGGGAUGAAGCUCCGUGGAGACAUCAACGUGCUUCUUCUGGGAGACCCCGGUACUGCCAAAUCGCAGCUGCUCAAGUUCGUCGAGAAGGCGUCCCCUAUCGCUAUCUACACGUCCGGUAAGGGAUCCUCAGCGGCCGGUCUCACAGCCUCUGUGCAAAGAGACAAUACUACUCGAGAGUUCUAUCUGGAAGGAGGUGCAAUGGUGCUUGCCGACGGCGGUGUUGUCUGCAUUGACGAGUUCGACAAGAUGAGGGAUGAGGAUCGGGUGGCAAUCCACGAAGCCAUGGAGCAGCAAACUAUCUCCAUUGCCAAGGCAGGUAUCACGACGAUUCUGAAUGCCAGAACCUCCGUGUUGGCAGCGGCAAACCCGAUCUUUGGCCGAUAUGACGAUCUGAAAACUCCCGGAGAGAAUAUCGACUUUCAGACCACGAUCCUCUCGCGUUUCGAUAUGAUUUUCAUUGUUCGUGACGACCAUGAGAGGAGCCGUGAUGAGCGCAUUGCGCGACACGUUAUGGGUAUCCACAUGGGAGGAAGAGGCGUGGAGGAACAGGUAGAGGCAGAGAUCCCAGUGGAAAAGAUGAGACGGUAUAUCAGCUACUGCAAGAGUCGCUGUGCGCCCCAGCUCUCCCCCGAAGCGGCGGAGAAGCUCUCCUCCCACUUUGUUUCCAUCAGGAAACAGGUGCACCGAGCAGAGCUCGAUGCCAAUGCACGUUCUUCGAUCCCAAUUACGGUGCGUCAGCUCGAGGCUAUUAUCCGUAUCACGGAGUCGCUCGCCAAACUCACUCUGUCGCCCGUCGUCACUGAGGCCCACGUGGACGAAGCCAUCCGUCUAUUCCUGGCUUCCACCAUGGACGCCGUGACGCAGGGUGAGGGACAGGGCAGCAAGGAGCUUAUGGAAGAAGUUGGCAAGGUCGAGGAAGAACUGAAGCGCCGCCUGCCUAUCGGCUGGAGCACCAGUCUAGCUACGCUGCGCCGUGAGUUUGUGGAUGGGCGAGGAUACACUGAGCAGGCGCUCAAUCGGGCCUUGGUGGUUCUCCAACGGAGAGACACGAUACAGAUCCGAUCCGGAGGGUCCCAGAUCUAUCGCAAUGGAGUUUGAGAUAACGAUAUCCCUUCCUAGUCUGUUUGGUGUACUCUGCUCGCUCCGAUUUAUGAUGACGAUAUCAUUGUUGCGGUGUAUAUGGAAAGAUUUUACGUUAAGAGAUUUGUUUUCGGGUCUAUUCGUUUGGGGCAUCUGGACAGUGGAAACAGAGGGCUUUGCAACGGCGGAUGAUACACCGGCAUUCGCGCACUACUAACUAGUUACGUGGCUGGAGUCUAGGCGUUCUUCCAGAUCAAUGUAUAAUGCAGUAAUAUGCAGUGCUAUGUACCUUGCGGAUCAUCAUUUUGAUUUCAAUCGCAUAUGACCUUUCUAGCCUAUUUCGCAGUCGGUUUCUGAAUAUACUCAACCAUUCCAUCUAGCAAUUGAAUCUGGUCCC